UUUACGUCGUCAAGAACUGUCUUUGUGUUAUAACACACGUGUUUUUGUGUAUUUUCGUACUCUAACAUUACCGGCUUUUGCUUGCAAUUGUUGAUUAGUGCUUCACUUCCGUCAACACUACUUUUGUGUGAAAGAAAGAGAGAUUACCUUUUCUAUUCAAAGGUUAUCCACACAUUAUCUUCAACAAUGCAGAAACAUUUCUUAUUAUACCAAGAUAUGUCAACAUCACUGCAACCAAAUACAUCUAUUAUUAAGAAAUAAAAACAAUAACUGGCACUGAACCCACUUGAAACCUCUUGAAGCCUAAAAGCUUUUCCGUUUUAUUUCUCAUUCACCGUGAAAGAAGAACCAUCGUCACAAUGAUUGAAUGGGCAGCUGGAUUGGCUGGAGGGUGUGCCGGAGUUGCUGUUGGUCAUCCCUUUGACACGGUCAAGGUCAAACUGCAGACUCAAGACUUCAGGAAUCCUCGUUACCAUGGAACUUGGGACUGCUUCUCACAGACCAUCCGAAAAGAAGGGGUGCGAGGUCUGUAUCGUGGCAUGGCAUCGCCCAUGGCCGGAGUGGGCGCCGUGAACGCUGUAAUAUUCGGAGUUCACGGCUCAGUCUCGAAGCGCUUCGAAGAUCCCGACGCUCUCAAGUCGCACUUCACGGCGGGAGUGUGUGCGGGCUUCGUGCAGGCAUUCAUCGCAUCGCCCGUGGAGCUCACGAAAACGAGACUACAGAUCCAGGCAGACAUCAUAACGCCGGGCAGCAACGUGGCCCCCAAGUACACGGGCCCCCUGCAGUGCGCCAAACACAUCCUGCGCACUGAAGGCUUCAGAGGAUUGUUCAGAGGACAGCUCAUCACCAUCAUGAGAGAGAUACCGGGUUUCGGCACGUACUUCUUAUGGUACGAGUGGAUGGCACGCAAACUGAGCGGGAACGACAGCGGCUCGGCAGCAGGCCCGCUGUCCGUGCUGGUGGCCGGCGGCAGCGCGGGCACAGCUUCGUGGCUUGUCACUUACCCCAUCGACGUCAUCAAGUCUCGGAUACAGUCUGAUGGAGCAUUUGGCCCUAAGCGUUACAACGGCAUGGUCGACUGCUUCAGGACGAGCGUCAAAGAGGAAGGCUGGAUGGUCCUGACUCGUGGUUUGAAUUCGACUCUUCUUCGGGCUUUCCCAACCAAUGCAGCUACAUUCUUCGUCGUAACGUCGGUGCUGAAAACAUUCAGCCCUGAAAGCAGCGACGAAACUUCAGGCACUAGCUUGGCCCUGACGGAAAUUUACAGAACUGCUGAGCUUAUCAUGCACGCUGCAGGAGCUGCCCACGACGUUUACGAUCACCACAAAGGAAUGUUGAAGAAAUUAAAGGAAAACCACCUUGCUAAUUUCCUUCCCAUCGUUGUGGCCGCCAGCAAGACAUCGUCACAGUCUGCAAGCUGUUGCGGAGAGAAGAUAUGCGAGGUACUGUGGUCUUCAGUUGACUUCGUGGUGAUGAACAAAUUCAAUUCUGGAUAUCACUCAAGUUGGGUUCCCUGCCGAGGAAUUGUCACACAAAAGAAAAAUCCGUCUGAAAGCAUUGUCGUGAAUCAGCGAAUUCUCAGUUUGGUUCUCUAAGUUUGAGGAAUCUAAGCACAUUCUUAAUUUAGUCAUCGCGGGUACCUCCCAAAAUGCUGUGAUUUUAGAUUUUAGUUCAUCGUUAUUCAGCCAAACGAUGGUGCUAUAGUACAAGCGCAAUGCACGUACACUAAUUUUCCUAAAUAACGAUUCUCUGUUAAACAUCUUCCUGAAAUUAUGUCACAGGACAACUUCAAUGAACAUACUCUAGGAACAUUAGUUCUAACUUAAUUGUAAUUCAGCUCUCCAAGCAGAUGCUCUUGCACUAGAUCGAUAAAUUUAGAGUUAAGAAUUAUCUAUAAAGCCAAGAAACUUAACAACUAUUUAUGUUUCUGGCGUUGUUGUUCACUCUGUUGUCAUUAUGUUGUAUUCUUAUUUGCAAACAUGCGAAUUUUCAUAAAGAUGCAGAUUUGCAACGGAAUAGGUGAGUUCCCACAGUGUUUAAGAUGUCGAUGAAGAAUUUCAAAAGCGUGUGUUUUGUGACUCACUGCACAGAUUCCACUGUGUGUGAGUGAAUGUUAACGCGCUACAGUAAUGCAUGCAAAUCAUGUGAAAUGGCACUAUAAAAUGGUGCAAUUUUGGAGCAUCAUGCAAUGCCAGUCAGAGACCAGACCAUUUUUGUCUGUCACUGAGGCCUGCCUACCUACCUUGUAUAUGUUAAUCAAUGACAAAACAGCUUUUUCAAGCAUCAAUAUAGUUAAUCUGAACAUAAAAAUGAUCAGAGAAUAAU